AGUUGGCAACUGAGUUGUUUGGCAGCUUUCCUGCCCUCAUUACAAGGCCUGGAGCAGCUUCAAGCUCGGACAACAUGGAUCCUCUGCUUGUUAUAUGAGCUACCACCCCGUAUGAUCUGAAUUCAGUGCAGCAGUGGCAGCUCACAUUCGCCCUGCAGACCAGUGGGAAAAGUGUGCUAAGCGCACGGAAGAGGAGGGGGAGCAACCAUGGAGGGGACCUCAGCCCUGGAGAAGAAUGUGGCUGAACUGACUGUUAUGGAUGUCUAUGACAUCGCCUCUACUGUGGGGCAGGAGUUUGAGAGGGUUAUUGAUCAGUAUGGCUGCGAGGCGAUAGCUAGGCUCAUGCCCAAAGUGGUUCGGGUGCUGGAGAUCUUGGAGGUUCUGGUCAGCAGGAACCACAUCAAUCCUGAGAUGGAUGAGUUGAGACUGGAACUGGACAGGCUGAGGCUGGAGAGGAUGGACAGGAUAGAGAAAGAAAAGAAACACCAGAAGGAGCUGGAGCUUGUGGAGGAUGUGUGGAGGGGGGAAGCUCAAGAUCUCCUGAGUCAAAUAGCACAGCUACAGGAAGAGAACAAGCAGUUGCUCUCAAAUCUGCCUCUUAAAGAUAUAAACUUAACAGAAGAGGAAUUCCAGAAGCAUGAAGGUAUGUCUGAAAGAGAAAAGCAAGUGAUGAAGAAGUUAAAAGAAGUUGUGGAUAAACAGAGAGAUGAAAUCAGAGCUAAAGACCGAGAGCUUGUGCUGAAGAACGAAGACGUGGAAGCUCUACAGCAGCAGCAGAACCGCCUAAUGAAGAUUAAUCAUGAUCUGCGGCAUCGCAUCACUGUGGUGGAGGCGCAGGGCAAGGCGCUUAUUGAACAGAAAGUGGAGCUAGAAGCAUAUCUACAAACCAAGGAACAGGAGACGAACAGCAUGAGAACUGAGAUUGGAAAACUACGUGAAAGGCUAAAGGGGGCUCAAAUUCAGAACGGACAGGAAAAUAAGCAGGAGGAAGAUGUGAAUGAAGAAUCUAUAUUUGAAACCGACAAAAUGUCACUUGACUUAAAAGAUUCUAGCCGGCCACGGUUUACUUUGCAAGAGCUUCGAGAUGUUUUACAUGAGAGAAAUGAAUUGAAAGCCAAAGUCUUUAUGCUGCAAGAAGAGCUUACAUACUACAAAAGUGAAGAAGCCGAAGAAGAAAGCAAACUUCCACAAUCCUCGCCCAUAAUUAACCCUAAAAUGCCCAUACCUCAAGAGUCUGGGAUCAAACGCCUGUUUAGCUUUUUCUCAAGGGACAAGAAAAGGAUGCCCAUGAUACAGAAAAAUGCCCAGUUUCAGGAAUCUUAUGGCAUCUGGACGAAUUACAACAGAGAUGAUGAUUUUACAGAGCAGGGACAGGAAGCGUUACAGCACAUGUGACUAAAUGGGAUGAAAUAAUAUGUGCAUAUUCAGCAGCUGAUGUUUUGCUUAGCCUUACAUGUCUGACAAACAUAUUUCACAGCAGACUAACUCUAAAUAUGAUGCUUUCCACUUCUGCAUUUGCUAUUGAAAUCACAAAGCUGAGUAAACUAUGGCACAUGGGGGGAGUGCAACUUGCUUUAGCUGUGGAAAUAUAACCCAAUAACCCAAUAACCCAGAGAGACAGCACAUUUUAGUAACAACAAAAAGCCUAGGAGUGCCAUUUUCAUGUUUUUACUAAAAUACCUGCAUAGAAGAAAAGAGUGGAUUAUUAUCACUUGGAUAAUGUUAAACAUAUGAAGAUAACAUAUUGCUUUCUAGUUUAACAAUCUUCAGUACAUUGUUUGUCAACAUAAUAUAUUUACCUAGUAGACCGGUGUCAACAUGCACCAUUCAUUUGUCAGGUUGGAUAAGUCUUCUUUUGAUAUUACUCAAGAAGAAUUUCUGCUUUACCAAAAUAAAUUGAGCUUCCUCCUCUUGCAAAAAAGGGGGAAAAAUGGAAUAUUAAAACUCCUUUUAGGAAAGGAGAUGUAAUGAACUUCCUAGAACGUUACUGCAUUUGGAAGAAAACAGCAAAUUGCUUCCUCAGCGCACUAGAGAGAAAAAGAUUUACUCUGAACAGAAAUAAAAAGAGUAAACUUAUCAGAGAGGAAAACAAUGCCAUCUGAAAGUAAAGGAGUUACAGGUGCAAACUGAAUCCAUGCUUGCUUCGGAGUUUGACAGAUGGUGUACAAUUCUCUGCUCUAUGCCAGUUAACAUCUUGUGUAACUUGUUAUUAUGUUAUUUCUAUUUGAACUAAACUAUGCAGGGUAGAAUUCAGUAUGCCCCACUGCACAUCAUUCACUUUUUAUAUUAACUGAUUUAUGUAAAGGAGUGAAAUAGCUUUUUGUUGUGUACAUAGUAUAGCAGUUUGAAAAGAUAUAACAAAGGUUUAUACCAAGUUUUGGAAUGGCAAAGCUUUCACAGGAAAUUGAAAGGUUUUAACAAUGACCCCUUUUUUUAUUCAAGGCUAAUUUACGUAUCUUUACAAAAAAUACCUCUUCUAAAGGUAGCACAAGUGUGUGGCAUCUACUAAAAACAUUGGAAUUUGUGUCUUGCUUGCUUUAAUCAAGCUUUUAGAUUUAGUAAGAUUUUAAAGAACUUUUUAAUGACAAAAAUCUCCCAAUGUACUGAUGUGGAUAGUUUCCUCAUGCAUUAGUGAACUGAAGAGAUUGUUAUUAUGGCACACUAAACAAAUGUAAGGAUCUGUUGCAGCUUUAUCUACAACACAAACUAACAGGCCAGGAUACAUAAGUGCACAUGACUCAGUAUGAGGGAAUAAGAUGCUGAGUCAGAUUUAUUUUUAUUUAAAUUAUAAUACACUUUUUUCUAAAGAAAUCACAACUAAUCGCGCAAUGAAAAUAUUUUCUACAUUUACAGAUUAUUGUUAAAAUAAAGUUAGAGCCUUUUUCAGUACUUUACCACCACAGUGAGUAAAAACAUAGGUAAAUGGAAAAGAAAUAUAAGGCAGUACCUUUUCCUAUGUUUAAAGCAGUGAUGGCCAACUGGCAGCCCAGGGGCCACAUGUGGCUCUCUGUGGUUGGUAGCAAACAAGGUGGCAACAACUCAAAAUAGCCAUCUGGAUUGGAGAGUAGCAGCUAAAGGGUACCCUGCAAUCUUAUCUUAAUUUACCCUUUGCCACUGGACAUUUUUAGGAAAUAUGUUAUUAGUAUGUUUAAUAGCUAAACCUUUAAAUGCAGCUAAAAUAUUCAUCUACAGCCCCUGUGUGUUAGGGCGUUGGCCAUCGCUGAUUUAAAGGAAGCCACUUGGAAAAAUUAUCUGUUGUAAAUCAAUAAUACCAGGUUACGUCUAGGAAAUGUUAAACGUCUGGUAUGUUUUAUCAGCAAAGGUGGCAUCGCUACAUCUGUGUUCAGAAAGAAACCGAGCCAUUACCAGCAGGAAUUGUUUUCAAGGCAAUAAAUUGUUAUCUAUUAAGGCCUGUUUAAUAAACAGUAUUUUUACAAUAAACUUACACAAAAAAAAUAAACUAAAACUUUAGGCAAAAUUCCUAUAAUAGGGGAAAUCUAUUGUAUCUGCAACUGCAUUUAAUAACCAGAAUUUUACAAGGCUUACAUUUGCACUGAGGUAAAGAUAGGGAGCAUCUAUGUGGAAAGGAAAAAUAAAGCUUUAUAGUAAUAAAAAACAUUUAAAAGAGUUGGUUGCCACCCGUCCCUUAAAAUACAGAACACUUAUGUUACACAUGCUGCAGGGUGUGCAGGGAGGAAUAUGAAUAGUGCUGUCCAGAAACACAAUACAUGUUCCUCCCUGCACACCCUGCAGCAUGUGUAACUCAUAAGUGUCCAGGCAAACAUGGCUGAGGUGACAACCCUACUUGCGGUGGUUUCAUGUCUCCUCCACUACAUUGAACAGAACUAAGCUGAUGAAAGCACUUUAGGUUCUAAAUCCGUCUUCAUGGAAUUAACAAGCCAGUCUGCUUCUUUAUUUUACAUUGGUCAUUGCAAGAUGAUUAUACACCAUUAAAAAGAAAUAUAUUAACAUACAUAACACAGUUACACUGGAGUUCAGUAGGGUAUAUUUUGCUAGGGCCAAAUAGCCUAAGAAAAACCGACUCUUUGGCUCUGCAAUGAAGACGGUAGAUUUGCAAAUGUAGAGCCUUAUUUACUGCAUUGGCUUUAGUAAUUCUCAUGAUAAAAAUGCUGAUGAUUACAGUUUUACUCAUUUAAAAGCCUUUUAACUAAUGAUAGUGGCUAAAUAAGGGAAAUCUGUAAUAUUUCUGUAUGCUUGCUGACCAUUUUGAAUAAAUCUACCCAUAAGGUUAACAUUGGGUCCUCCUGUGCAGACAUUUUGCUAAAGGCUGUGAAUGUACAGUGAAGUCCUUUUGUGGCUAAAACAGCACAUGGUUAGAAGAGGUCUGGUGCCUUGUGAUUUACCAGUAUUAAAUGAAUGAUUUGAUUAUUAUUAAACCUUCAUAUGAUACCUGUAGUUAUUUUUUAGCAAAUGGAAUGUAUUUGGGUUCCACCACGUUUCCUGAGAAGUGUUUGCAAAUUAAUAUACUGAGCUACGGGAAACCCAAACAAUUCUAUUAAGCUGCAAAGUAAGCUAUAAAAUUACUAGCUUCACCUUAUGUCAAUAUCAUGGUUCUUCAAAUCUGGUCCUCUCUGCCUUAGUGCGUGAAUUAAAGGGCCAGUAGACACCUUGAUAUUUUUAUAUAAAAUGUUUAGUUAUGCAUAAUGAAAUAAACAUUGAAAGUAUAUUGCAACGUUAUGUGUAACUUAAAGGGACAUGAAACCCCAAACUUUUCUUUCAGGAUUCAGAGGGCUCAUACAAUUUUAAAUCAACUUUCCAGUACCACUUCUAUUAUCAAAUUUGCUUUGUACUCUUGGUAUCCUUUGUUGAAGGAGAAGUAAUGCACUACUGGGAGCUAGCUGAACACCUCAGGUAAGCAAAUGACAAGAGGCAUAUAUGUGCAUCUAAGGCCCAAUAGAGCUUUACUGCUCCUGAGCCUACCUAGGUAUUCUUUUCUAUAAAUAGAAUGAAGCAAAUUAGAUAAUGGAAGUAAAUUGAAAAGUUGUUUAAAAUCGUAUACGCUAUCUGAAUCAUAACAGAGAAAUGUUAGGUUUCAUAUCCCUUUUACUCUAAAAUUAAAAGGGACAGUCAACACCAAAAUUGUUAAAAAGAUAGAUAACGCCUUUACUACCCAUCCCCCAGCUUUGCACAACCAACAUUGUUAUAUUGAUAUACCUUAUAGCAUUUAAACCGUUUCUAAGCCACUACAGACAGCUUCUUAUCACAUGCUUUUUUAUUUGCUUUUCACAAGAGACUGCCAUAUAUAUAAUAUUGUGCUCUCCCAUGAAAAUGGGGCUGACACUGCACUAAUUGGCUAAAAUGCAAGUCAACAUAUAAUAAAUAAAUAGUUAUGUGAUCAGGGGGCUGUCAAAAAAAAGCUUAGAUACAAGGUAAUCACAGAGGUUAAAAGUAAAUUAAUAUAACCAUGUUGGCUGUGCAAAACUGGGGAAUGGGUAAUAAAGGGAUUAUCUACCUUUUUAAACAGUACAUUUUUUUGAGUUGACUGUCCCUUUAAGGAGUUUCUAAUUCUCUGAACUUGAAAUGCACCUGCUGACUUUUCAAGGCUACCCUGGUACAUAUCUGUCCCAAAUUGGCUUUAACUGAUAAUAACCGAAAACAAUGCAUUUUAUAUUACAAUUAUGUUGUAUGCAGACUAAAUUCCAGAUUGGUUCCUCUAAAUAAGGUAAAUAGAGUGUGGAGUUUGACUGUUGUAAAUCAAUUGUUUUUCCAUUACAUUAAAUAUUAAUUUGAGAUUUGAAAUAUGACAUUAAACGUUGUAUCAGGUAUUGAACCAUCUGUACUAAAAACUAAUUUCAUAUUAAUAACAAACGAUUAAUCAACUCCACAUUAGGGAUGGACAAUUGUCUGUUCUGACAUUCAAAUGGCAGAAUAAAAUGCCUAUUCCACUGUUUCUAUAUUUGAAUAAUGAAUGUAACAUUCAAAUAACAAAUUUAACAUCUGCAUAUUACAUAGAUUCCAUUACAAUUCCAUUCAAGUCAGAGUCAAAUAUUAAAGGAAUAUUAAACACUAAA